AUUUUUAAUUUAUUUUAAUUAAUUUUAUACUUUUAUAUGAUAUUGUUGAUAUAUUCAAUCGUUUGAUACUUAUAUUAAUGUUAAUUUUUAUUUUUAUUUUUUGUGUAUAGAUAUGGAUCCAUCAAAUUUAUACGUACAUCCUGGUCCAGUAGAGCAUGAUGCAUUAAAAAUUCAAGUUCAUCAUCGUUCCGAAGGAAUUUGGAAUGGUAGCAUAAAAGAAGAGAGAUGUUGCUUAUAUACGCGUCGUGGUGAUAUUGAAUUUUGGCAACAUUUAAAAUAUCAUCCAUUACAUUCUCGCAUCCUUCAAUAUUUUGAAAAUUGUAGAUUUAAAGGAAUUCUUGAUGUUGGAUGUGUGCCGUAUGACUCCGGAUUAAUUUCUGCUUUAAUUGAAAGGUGGCGUCCGAAAACUCAUACUUUUCACAUGCGAACUGGCGAGGCUACCAUAACUUUACAAGAUAUUGAAAUUUUAUUCGGAAUGGUAGUAGAUGGUAGUCCUAUAAUUUUAAAUGGAGCUGAUUCUUUAGGGAUUAUAGGUAGACAAGAAAUGAUUUUUCAAUUAACAGGAUGGUUACCCGAUACUAGUUGUUUUUCUGGUGUUAGUACAUUGUCAACAUAUAAAUUGAUUGAGUAUAUCGAAGGUUUGGAAGUUAUUAACGAUAACUCAACUUAACUGAGCAUGAAGUUCAACAAAGAUUUAGAUUAUAUUUAUUAUGGUUAUGUGGUGGAUCAAUAUUUCCGGAUAAAUCUAAUAAUAAGAUUAAUUUGGACAUUUUGAUUGACAUGAGAAAUUUAGAUUUAAUGUCAACUCAAGCAUGGGGAUCGGCCGCAUUAUCAUAUUUGUAUAAUUGUUUAUGCCGUGCGUCAAUGAGAAAAUCAAAUGAAGUUUGUGGAUUUCUCUCUUUAGUGCAGGUAUACAUAUUUUUUGAUUAAAUAUUUUUUAUAUACUAGUAAUAUGCACUUUUAAAUUUAAGUGCAUUAUAAGUAAUGGUGAAUUUAUUUAUUGUAGAUUUGGGCAUGGGAAAGAAUUAUUCCCCUGCAACCAUUGUCAAAGCCUCUAAGAACCAAUCAAUUUGAGGCUUUAACUGCGCUUGCACGUAAAUGGACGCGACGUAGAAAUCAUCAAAAUGAGGCACGAACUGUAAUCGGUGUGAUUAGGGAUGUACUUGAUAAUCUAACUGAUGAACAGUUUAUUUGGCAGCCUUAUUCGGAAGAUGUUAUUAAUGGAUUGCCUGAGUGGUGUCGGUCAGGACAACGUGUCUGGAUGGCACAGGUGCCACUGAUUUAUGGAAUUUAUCGUGAGUGGCACAUGGUUGAUCGUGUUGUGAGACAGUUCGGUUAUUUACAACAUAUUCCUGGACCGUGUACCCAAUUUUCCGAAUAUCAUUUUAAGCGUGAUAAACGAUCAAAAAUAAAACAAGAAGAUAUAGAUGCAUUUAACUAUACACAAUAUUUAUGGGAACAAUGUCAAAAUCGUAUAUUUCGACCUCCAUUUGUAAGUGAUCAAACAGAUUACUUCCGUUGGUACAUGAGGCAUACCCGCAUGGUCAUUGGAAAUCCACAACAUGUUGUACAAAAAGGGUAUCAACACAUGGCAGGAAGACAUGAGGCAUUAGCUAGGGGUCAUGAAAUGCAGUAUCGUCGAGCUCGGAUGAUUGAAAAUGAUGAAAAUCAAUCUAAUGAAAUGAGACAAUAUGCAGCGGAAGUCGCUCGUAUUUCAAUGGAGUCAAUGAAUGCAGCCUUUCAGGGAACGCGAUUGAGCUUUGAUCAUGAUUACAAUCCUCCCACUCAAUACGAUGAACCACCACCAGUACAAGUAUCUCGCCGAUCACGACAAACAACACCGAGAGAGGGUGCUCGUCGAGGUAGAAGGACCACUAGUGAAAUAGCUGAUUUUUCUGCAGGGCCCUCUAACACUAAUGUGGCGACUCCCGAGCCUUAUUAUCCCACAUUUGAUUUUUCUGUAGGGCCCUCUAACACUAAUUCGAAUUUUUCUAGUCAGCAAACAGUUGGUUUUGUAACUCCGCAGGUUCCAAUAUCUGGGUUUGCACAAUUUAGUGGUUCUCAAUAUGGUUUUCAACAUGGUAUGCGUGAAUUUCCGAUACAUAAUUCUCCAUUUGGUGGAAGAUUGAAUUUUUCGAAUGUAAGUAUAAUUAUUUUCAUACAAUUUUUUUAAACUUUUUAUAAUUUUUUUUAUUUUUAUUGCAUCUUUAUUUGAUUAUAUUAUGUUAUAUUGUAUUAUAGGUAAUUGCGUUUGAUGAUUCAAGAUUUAAUGCUGGGGCUUCACAAAAUUUAGUUCUUAAUAGACAAAAUCCACCUCGGAGAACAUCUAGGCUACACAAAUCAACUAGAUGUGGAACAGGCAGUCACUAUCAAAAUGAGGAAGAUUUUGAAAAUGAAGAUGAAAAUGAAGAUGAGAAUGAAGGUGUAGAAGAUUCGGAUUCAGAAGAAUAAUUUUUUUUAUGCACCUUUAUUCUAAAAGGCUGAAGAUUCGAAUUUUGAAAUAUGUAAAUUUUGUUGUUUCGUGCAAGUUUGAACAAAGUAAUGAGAUUAUGUUUGAACAAGUUUGCAGGAUUUACUUUUCUUUUUGUAAUAGGUCAAAUCAAUACUUUUUAUGUUAUGUCAAA